AUGACGCUUGGGAAUGAAACACGUGCGUCGGCCGACGAUGUCGAUUCCCCUAGCUUCGAUGCCGAUGGUGACGUCGCGAGUGUUGAUUUACAUGACAACGUAUCCAGUCGAGAAUAUUCAGGGAGUAAUGACGAUGAGCCGGACCUCGAAUAUUUACUAGGAUCGAGAUCAGGUGAGAAGGAAGAUGACAGCAUGGACACUGAAGAUGUCAGCAGAGGCGAUGAAGGAAAUGUUGAUGAGUAUGAUUUCAUCAACUUUAAACGGGGCGAAGUAGUCAAGCAUGACAAGAGAGUGAAUGAUGAUACCUCAACAAAUGACAACAUUUUUAACACAAAUAGCCUUGAAGACGUGGAUUAUGACGAGGUAGAGGAUGAUGAUGGUGAAAGCAAUGAUGAUGAUGAUGGUGACGAUGAUGAGGAUGGUGAUAAUGACGAUGAAGAGAAUUACGAUAAAUUUGCUUCGGUCAUGAAUCCAAAUGAUAGACCUACAGAGCAUAUAAGUGCUAAUGACAUCCAAGGGACACCUAAUAAUCCCAUCAUCGGAACAGAUAUGUACGACCAUGGUGAACGUCUUAACGAAGUCGUUAAUGAUCAUGGUGAUGCCCACGGUCGAACAUCGUUUAGAGAUGAAGAUGCUGAAAGAUUCCUUCGCUGGUUGCUCGGGUACAUCCUUAGGAGAAUGGAUGAUGGUUCCGAUUCAGAGAGGACCCCAAACAGUGAUGAUAAAACAUUGUCUUCUCAAGACGAGGCCACUGCCACGAUUCGAAGAUAUUUAGCAAACGACAAGAGAGAACAUGCAAAACAGCAUCGUUCAUUCAGAGAGGGCAGUCUUCAACUUAAAAACGAUGGCAUGACACAAACAUGGAACGACAGGCUGAGAAAGGGAGAUACGGAAAAGUCACGACUUGCUCUAGAAGAGAGGGAUGAAGAUCCAGGCACACUCUUACAAAACAUCAUUAAUUUGAAAGACUUGGAGCGACGUCACCAAAUCCGAGAUCUCGUCGCGAGACUCGGGAAAAGAUCAGAGAUGGCAAGUCACGUGAAGUCUACAUCAUGAAUUUACCUUAGAAUUAUGAGACCGACUAUUUUUGUCUGUCAUCCCCAUAGGUAUAAAAUGCUUUUUUGGCCUCGGGAACUGUCGGUUUCGUCGAUCUUUUGGAACUUUCUACUUCCUAUGUUUGUAUGUAUUUCUUUGAUUUGUCGGUGUC